AUGUCCGCGCAGGUGUUCACGGUGAACGAGCGGGUGCUCUGCUACCACGGGCCGCUGAUCUACGAGGCCAAGGUGCUCAAGACGGACAACUGGGACGAGCGCACGACCCAGACGGGCGCCGUCGGCGCGCACUACUACGUGCACUACAAGGGCUGGAAGCAGACGUGGGACGAGUGGGUGGACGGCACGCGGCUGCUCAAGUUCAACGAGGCGAACAUCGCGCUGCAGAAGGCGCUGCAGUCGCAGUCCUCGGCGGCGCAGGCCGCGUCCGCGUCGUCGGCCAAGGCGGCGAAGGUGCAGGCGGCGAGGGACGGCGCGUCCGCGUCCGUCGCCGGUGCGGGUGGCGGCGCGGGAGGGGGCGGAGGGGGGGCUGGGGGGCGCGGGGCGCUGUCGGGGCGCAAGGACGGCACGCGGGGGACGAAGCGCGGGCGGGAGGAGGACGAGAGCACGCGGAAGCCGGAGAUGAAGCUCGUCGUCCCGGAGGGGCUCAAGGUCGUGCUCGUCGACGACUGGGAGGCGGUGACGAAGAACAACCAGCUCGUCGGCCUCCCGCGGCAAGUGAACGUCGUCGACCUCCUCGACGAGUUCCGGGCGCACGUCCUCGCCCAGGGCAGCGCGACGUCACUAAAAGACCCAAAGGUGCUACUGCCCACGAUCCUCGCAGGGCUACAGACGUACUUUGACCGGGCACUGGGCGCGAACCUGCUGUACCGGUUCGAGCGGCCGCAGUACGCGGAGGUGCGGAAGAAGUACGUGACGGGGCCGACGGUGAAGGUGGGGCAGGAGAAGGAGAUGAGCGCGAUCUACGGGGCGGAGCACUUCCUCCGCAUGCUCGUGAGCCUGCCGCAGAUGGUCGCGAGCUCGUCGAUGGACGGGGAGUCGGUCGGGCUGCUGCGGGAGUACGUGAACGAGCUGCUGCAGUGGAUGCUGGCGGAGAAGGACCGGAUCUUUGCGCCCGAGUACGAGAGCGCGAGCAUGGCGUACCAGAACAUCUCCCGCGCGUGA